AUGCCUCCGUGGGCCCCGCGGGACAACCCCUUUAACAAGCCCCACUAUCGGCUCAACCGGGCAGCGCUGGUCGAACUGGUGGAAGCCCUCGGCGUCGACCCUGGAGGGAACGUCCACGACCUCAAGGCACGGACGAAGCAGGCCUUGCUCGAUUGCAAGGAUGAACUCAUCGAUCACCCGUCUUUCACAGCCCUUUACACGGACAGGGAGAACAACGAACACCUCCAAGGUCGCGUCCAGGACACAGAAGACGAGGACUCAGAACGGCAAGGCUUAGCCGAGACCCAAGAGCAAAGCCUCCCGUCCCCAACGUACGAACUCGCAAAGGCUGCAGACAUGCUCGGAGAGCAGAGGGAGAGAAUCACUUCGCUCGGCGCGGGCACGGGCAGAGACACAACCGCUCCCUCCCCCGACAUCAUCAGCCCCUUCCUCGGCACACCUGCUACCGGUCCAGCGGACUCACAGAAAAUCCCAGGGCAUCAGAGCACCAACCACGAAUUCGGGUCAGAGUCGCCCAGCCCAGAGCCGGAUGAGCUGGAAGACUCUGGCGACCAACCCUGCCCAGGGCGUGGGGCCGCACGACACCCACGUCUUUCGUCCACGGCACCCAGGGCGGCACCCCGUCAACAGGCUCGUCACGUCAACGAGUUCCCGACCGUGCACGCCUCUCCGAUCCCAUUAUCAUCGCGAGGCCGGCCGGCACGUGUCGCCGGGGUCGUAGCAGACGUCAACUACUACGUCAUUCCUCAACAAAUAUGUGACAUUUUCGAGAGGGGCCACAGGAGGCACGUACCUCUUCAUCACCUCAUGGACGCUGCCUGCAUGGCCCAAGGCAUCAACACGAACGCGAACCUGGCAAAUCUGUGGCAGAUCGAAUCCGGGGGCCUAGUCCCAGUUCAGCAGCCGCUCUCGCCGGAAGGUGAGAUGCAACUUUCGUUCGCCGAGUGGCUCCAAGCGUGGCAACGCUACCUCCAGUUGUUUGAGGAGUAUCUCCCUCACGAAUACCUGGACUGGUUCACCCAUCACGAGAACAUUCGCCUGCGCCGCGGCGUCAGCAGCGAGAACGUCUGGCCUGUCUGGCUCGCAUAUGACAUCGAGAUUCGCAGACGCUGGCUCAAUACCCCCAUCGAUCCACGCAAGCAUCAUUGCGCGAUCUGGGAUGAUCUCUAUAUCGCUCACCUCGGGAGGAGAGUACUCCAGCCGCACAGCCCUGGCACUUGCUUAUGUACAAAAAACUGA